AACUAAAAAUAUCUUUGAAUCCCACUUUUAAUUGAGCAAAUUCGUAUAAAAGAUGAAUUUUUUUUUUUCUAACUACAAAUAGUUUUCGGUCUCUCCCAAAGACUGAAGUCUUCCGAUAAAUUUAAAAAUAAUAAUAAUUUUACAAUGCGUAUAUUUUUGAUAAUUGUUUUAAUACAGCUGUUAUCAGUUAUGAGCAUCACAUCGAAACGGCAUCAUCGACAUCAUGAUCCAGAAUUCGCUCACUGCCCCAAGUUCCCGACUUAUUUUGCGAUGCUGAUGUCAAUUAUGAGUAACACGCCAAUAGACCCAUCAUCAUUAAUAGUCAAUAAUAGCUUUCUCGAAACUACUGUAUGUGUUUUAAAGCUUAUGGAUAUCUUCAACGAAGUCGAUAACUCGAUGGAUUUUGGAAAAAUGUGUUUGCUAUCAAGGGAGAACACAAUUCGGGACAUUGGAAUUCCGACUGAGGAGCAAUUGUAUGCUUCCCGUCAUUGUUUUGAUCUAAAGGGUGCUACUAAAACUGAAACCUUCAAAAUGGUUGACAAUUGUGUCCAAGAAGAUAUUGCAUCUGUAUAUGAAUGGGCAUAAACAUUAUGAAUAUUUCGUAUGAUUGCAAUGUGUGUUCAAUAAACACUUUCAAUUAAUUUAAUUUGUAUUUUUUUUUAAUCUUAA